UUUCACUUAAUGCUUGGUAUCUUUGUGGACUCUUAUCAGGGGAGACAGAGAACCCCCACGUCCAAGUUACACAGGCAUUGUGAGAGCUGCUACAGCCGACGCUGUAAGGCCCCCGUUGAGAUCUCCGUCUCGUGCGUGGUCAUCAGCUGCCGGACACUCUGUGGCGCGACCUUCCACCUGUGCAAGGAGGAGGAGCAUGCCCUCCUGUGCCCAAACGAGAUGGUGCCCUGCCUCAACGCGCACUACGGCUGCCCCUUCACAAUGUGCCGCUCCAGACGGGCACAGCACCUCGAGGUGUGCCCCGCCAGCGUGGUCACCUGUUCCAUGGAGUGGAACCGCUGGCCGGUCGAGGAAAUGCACCUGGCGUUCUACGAGAACGUUCUGAACGAGACGUACGCUGAGGAGCCGCUGGACAUGUCCAUGGCUCUGAGAGACCAAAGACACUUGUUCCAGUCUCUGAAGAUGAAGACCCUCUUUCCUGAGCUGACAGAGAAGGCAGAAGAGGAGGAGGAGCCCCCAGUUCAGAAGGGAGCGGUCGGAGGGUCACCCGAGGCAGUCGGAGGGGUGUGUGGGGCAGUUGGCGGGGCCACUGCAGACCCUGCACAUAAAGAUGGGGCCCUUGAGAUGACUUUUGAAGAAGACGAGCUUACUGAAGAGCAGCGUCAAGCCUUAAUAAGAGGCUCCGGGGUGAACACCUCCAACUAUAACGUCUGGGAGAGAAUGUUUAGUAUGGAACUGAGUGGCUGUAGGGAAACAGUGAAAUCUUUGGGAAACAAUCCCACUCCAUCCAAAAAGAGACAUGAACAGGACAAUGGCUUAGAAACACUAGAAGAAGAAGAACCUGAGAUGAGCAUGAACAACGUAUCUGCAGAAAACAUCUCUGAGGCUCAAUACAUAGAGAACAUGAGCAACAUGGAUGAGGAGAAGUUUUUGGUUGCAUCGUUUAUGUACACAUGCCAAACUAAUCCUACAAAGAAGCGUCUAUAUGCAGGAAGGAAACCCAAGGAGAUCAAAACAGUCAAACCAUUCGUAAUCCCCAGCAGCUUUAAAGCCAGGUCCAGCCAUAUUCGAAAUCCCUCUAUCCUCAGGAAGUUCAGUGUAUCUGUGGACACCUCUGACCUGGGAGUGGACAUGGAUGACAUGCCGAACUGGGAUGAGGUCCAAGCAACUCUGUUAUGCUCCCUGGAAAAUGAGCAUAGGGGUCACUUAAUAGCUGAAUCCAGUUCUUUCGACGCACUGUUUGUCAAUAUCGGGACUCAGACUUAUGAUUUUCUCUCUGCCCCAUUCCAACAAAAUGAUUCCCUGGCGGACAUCACCGCAGGGAGGGAUCCGAAAAUCCACGUUCAGAUCGAGGCCGAAAGCGUAACGGGGAAGCACAACAAGUGCAGCUCGGCCUUUACGUUCCUGUGCAGCCAAGUCUUCCGCCGCAACGAGUACGCACCCCACUUCAGGAACGUGCACGCCGACAUCCAGUGCCAUGUCAGUGGGUGGUUCGAACAGCGCUGCCCCCUGGCCUACCUGGGCUGCACGUUCAUUCAGAGGAGGCUCCGUCCGGCCUCGCAGGCGGCCACUGUAUCCUACAACAAGGACCUGAGCACAUUCACAUUGAAACCGGAAGUGUCGGGCAUGCUCUACGAGGGCGUGAAGACCACGACAUCAGAGCGGGCGCGGGCACGGAACCUGGACUCGCUCAGCAGACUGCCCUUCGAGGUCCUGGUGCAUAUCGCCCGGUACCUGGACAGCUUCUCCUUGUCCCAGCUGGCCCUUGUGUCAAAGUAUAUGCGGGAGGUCAGUGGCACUCUGCUCUACGACAGGGGCAUCGUCUCCCUCAAGUGGGAGAAGAAGACUUACUCGCAUGGAGGAUUCUGCUGGAAGUCAAAGAAAACGGUGUGGCAGUUCAGCAACAGUUUCUCCACUGUGGAUGGCUGGUGUUUUGUCAGCUGCCCUCCCAUGUCUGAGCACCUGAAAGUUUGCCCGUACUACGUAGCAGAGCAUAAGAGUGACCCUGUGCCUCUCAUUGGCAUAUUUGAUGCUGAAGAGGAAAUAGAUAGAACUCAGAAUCUGGUUUCCAUGUUCUCGAGAAAGAAAUGACAUUUCCAAAGGUUUUAUGACAGUUCAAGUUCAUAUACCUUCUUUGCUUAAUCGUUGGUUCUUGCCAUAGUUUUCUACUCUGAGGACAAAACAAAAAAGAUCUCUCAGUAUCAUAU